AGUACAACUCAAAAUAUGUCCAACUCUUCUCUUGUCUGGCAGGAGAGCUUCAGUGUCUUGGACUCUGGAAUAUACCGUGUUAUUAGCCGAAGGGGCAGUCAGUCAGAUGAUGAUUCGUGUUCUCUCCACAGUCAAACGUUCUCAGAAGAUGAGAGACUUAAAGAAUUUCAUGCACACCAGGAGGAUGAGCAGGUGGAACUUGACAAUGCAUCUCAUGCAUCUGUGACGAUUGAGGCUGACCGGAGUGAAACAUUUCUCCCAUUCAGUAUUCCUUUAUCAUUUCGUUCCCCAUCUCCUCUCGUCUCUCUCCAAGCUGUCAAAGAAAGUGUUUCCAGCUUCGUACGCAAAACUACUGAAAAGAUUGGCACACUUCAUGUGAGUCCUGAUAGUAGAGGGAAACAAGAGGCAAAGGAUGACGAGCAGCAGCAGGAGGUGUCUGUUAAUCCGGUAGCAUCUCCACAGGAAGAGAAGGAAUCAGAAUUGCAGAACCACCAGCUUCCAGAGGAGGAUCAUCUAAAAGAUCUUAAGGAUGCAACAGCAAAAGCUAUAGCCAAACUCCAGGAUCCCCUGGUUUUGUUAGAACCACAGUGUAUGAAAAGGGUUUUACAGGAGUGGCUUGUCUUUCUGGAAGAAAAAUUUGGCAGCAAAGAGCAUUCUGCUUCCUCUGUUGAGAAGAGCAAGACUAUACGUGCUGAAGAACAGAGGGAAGUCCUGGAGGAAAACCUGCAAGGAAAUCCAAAUGGUGGAGACCUGGUAGGCAAAGAACUGGGUUGCAUAGAGGAAGAUUGCACUGAAAACAAAGAUGAAAGCUGUGAAAGCCAAACCAUGCAUGAAAAUAGUGCUGAUUUGAAAGGACUUCUGGAUGUCUGCUUUCAAGUGUCUCCUCCAUGUGACCUAGAACCAGAUGUUCACAAAGAUCUGGUUGAGUUGACAACGCUGUGCUUUGAACUGUGUGUAUUUUCGUGUGGAAAUGGUGAUGCAGAGGAAAGCUCUGAUCAAAGUCUGCCCCCAGCAGCUUCGUGGACCUUUGCUUGUAGAUUUAUACAAAACUACUUCUUUCUUCUGGAUUUAAAAAGAGUGAAGCGGUGUAUUAUAACCAUGUAUACAAGCAGCCCUAAUGUAUGGGAAACAUACAUUACAGGAUUGAAAGAGCUAACGUGUCACAGUCCAGUGACUUUGGCAAUAGAAAAUGAAGAUAUGUUGAAAAUACUGAAACAGCUGCAUGACUUCGGGCCUUGGGAUGAUAGCCCUCUGUUGCUGGCACAUGCUCAAAGACUUUAUGAAAAAUUUGGAGAAACAGCUCUUCGACCCUUGACCAAGUUCUACCCUUCUAUUGUGCCUUCUGAUAUCAAGCAGCUUUGCAGGAAUAAUCCAGCUCACUUUUUAGCAUAUUUAGAUAGCCUUUUGAAGUCAGUGCCAGAGGAUACAAGGUCAUCUCUCCUUAGAUCUCUUCUGCAGCCAGAAUCAGUACGACUGGAUUGGUUGUGCUUGGCGGUUUCUCACGAUGCACCACAAAGAGCAAACACUGUAGAUGCAGAAGGAAAUCCCAGGCCACGGUCGCAUUUGUUUACGUGGGGAUACAGCCAACUCAUUCUGCUUCUGAUUAAACUCCCAGCUGAUUUUGUUACAAAAGAGAAGAUGGCUGAUGUUUGUAAAUCACAUGGAUUUUGGCCCGGAUAUCUUUUUCUCUGCCUGGAGCUGGAUAGAAGAAUAGAAGCCUUUACUAAUAUUGCUCAUUUGGAUGAUUUGAGCCUGUUGAAUGAAGAAGAUGGUUCGAUUCCAGAGACCACAGAAGAAUGGAAGUUUCUUCUGCAUCUUGCACAAAAUCACAGCAGUGCUUUCCACAACGAUGGCCCACAGAAUGGGGAAGCUGUCAGCAGCAAUGGUAGCCCUAGCUGGCCAAAUUGCAUCACUGUGGAAAACGUGGCUCUCUUAUUAGCCAAGGCCAUUGGCCCAAAUCGUGCCUUGCCUCUACUACAAGAGUGUGGCUUGAUGCUAGAAUCAUCUGAAAGAUUUACUGGUGUCUGUGAGAUACUGAAAAUUGCUGAGAAAAGGCAAAGAGCCCUGAUUCUGUCCAUGUUGGACAAGUGUGACCGAUUCUUGUGGUCUCAGCAAGCAUAGAGAUGGCUGGGAAAGCUUUGGGAACUGUAGAGAUUGUAUGUUAAAGUGCCUCUGAAACUCACAGGCUCUUAAAGAAGUGAGCUUCUCUCAAAAGAUUUGAUUGUAUUGAGCCAGUGUCCAUCUGGCAGGUUUCUGACUGGAAGCCAUUCACAGUUCUUCCUUAUUCCUUUGGAGAUUAAUUUUGCACUCUAGAACUUAAAACAAUCCAGUGUCUAUUUCAAAAUUGAGCUGGUGUAUUUCUGAGAUGAAAAUUUAUUUUCUGAGUCUGUACAACUUUAGUGUUAAGAUUAUGAAUCCCCCAAAAUCAGGUUCUGAUGUAUAAAACUAUUUUGUUGUUUGUUUGCAAACAUGAGAAGCUGUUCCUAAGAAAUAUCUAAGCAUGUCAUUUUUUAUUUUCCUGUAAAUUGUGUUGAUAUUUUUCAGAAUGGAUAAUAGUACUGAUUGAUAGCACUUAAAUUAAUUCACUGUUGAACUGUAAGAUAUUUCUAAAUUGCCCACAACUGUUUGCAAAAUAUGUCUGUAGGUUUCAGCUGUGCUAUUUCAAUAAAACUCAGGACAACAUUU